GCGUGAACGCUUAUGAGACCAAAAUUCACUGCUUCCUGGAACACUACCUUCGAACAACUCCGGAGUGGAAUAAUUUUCAGACUUCCAGCUGGCAUCACUCGGAAGUAGUUAGUUAUUCCAAUUGUGUAUCGUUUCGAUUUUGAUAUUUGGGUGCAAACUAUGCUAGGAUAUGCUAAAUCGAAGUGAUGAGAUACUUUCGGUCAUAAAAGCGGAUCUGGUCGAUUUGAAAGCACUGAAGGCUCUUUGUUUACUUGGUUGUCCAGACUUUCCUGGAAUUCGUUCCAAGUGUUGGAAGUUUCUCUUGGGUUACCUGCCUACAAGCUCAGAAAGUCGCGAAGAAAAGCUUAAGUUUCACCGAGAACAGUAUGCAUUAUACGUUAAGGAUUUUGUGGUAGAAUCCGGUUCUUCGGAAUUUUCAGACCAUCCUCUUGACAGCAACCCAGAUGGGAAAUGGACAUCUUUCUUUCUUGACAACGAAGUUCUGCUGCAAAUAAAUAAAGAUUGCCGGCGUCUGUAUCCGGAUUUUGAUUUUUUUCACCGUAUCACUGACCAUCCUAGCAAUGAAUUGUUUGGUGAACCUGUGGGCAUUCUGCGAAGGCGCAUCGAAACCUCUUCUUUGCAAGUGCGAGCUGUGCAGCACAACUUGUCGGGAUUUAUCGGCGCAAUCCAUCCUUGUACCUACGAGCGUGUUCACCAGAGAGCUUUGCCUUCUGAUUUGGACCAGCACCGGUCCACAUCUAAUGCUGAUUGCGAGGAACGGCACUGGGAGGUGAUCGAGCGCAUUUUAUAUGUGUAUUAUAAGACACACGUCACCCAAGGCUAUGUCCAAGGAAUGAACGAAGUGAUUGCUCCGAUCUACUACCUGUUUGCCACCGACCCGGACCGCUCGUGGAGGCGU